UGGAAAAACGCAAACAGACGAUUUAAUGCUUGGUCAGCGAUCACAUACACGCACAUCAACAUGUCACCCAUCAGCAGAGGUGUCUCUUAGGCAGUGCUGCAAGGAUGGAGAGAUGAGGCAGAGAAGAUGGAGGACAGGGGAGAGGGAGGGGAGGAGGUUGGUGUGACACACAUCAGGGUUGCUGUUAAUAGCACACAGAGGACCAGAAUAGCAGCGCGUCGCAGGAGGAAAGCUGCAUCCUGCAUCUUCAUAUCUUAAACUCAGGCACAAAACAAUCACUGAAACUAACAGCUCAACACUUUGCAUUGUGCAGUUUGUUCAGGUGAGCCGACACGAGCUUUAUUGGGUGAGACAAGUGUUGCAACAUAUAGUCAUGGUGUUGAAAGAAAGCAUGUUACAAUAAGUGACUGCAGGCAUGUGCAACAUAUAGAUUCCGGGACACACACCUGUGUUUGUCCUUGAGACAGCGCGGACCAGACACUUCAACUGAGUUCAACCGGUCUCUUGGUCUGGCACAUUUGGGACUCCUCCUCUCCUCCCCAUAUCCUCACCUCCCCUCCUCUCCUCCCCUCAUCUCUCCUCACCUCCUCCCCUUCCGCCGCUGCUCCUCUCGCUGCUGCACAGCCGCAGUACACGGCGACGCGCCGUUAACGGCAGAGCCGCUCCGCGCUCUUUUCUUCUUCUCCCAUCAUCCUCGCUUUCAGGCAGAGAGGACCAGCAUCUCCCUCCCCGAGCUGCGUGUCUGUCCACUGGUGCUGCACCAUCCCUAUCAGUAACAUGGAAAUACAAGGCUGUGCUUCUUCCAACUAGACGGGACGUCUCACCUCACAGAGUCAAGACGGGGGGUACAAUGAGUGAAGAGCCAGCGGUCACCUCCAGCUGGUUGACCCCUGAUCCCACGGCGUGGGCCAGCGGAGGCGGAGGACCGAUAGACAACAGCACCAGCCUGGGGACGUUUCCAGCGGACUCCCUCCCGCCCAGCCAGCUGCCCCUGCUGGUCAACCCCUGGGACAUCGUGCUGUGCUCUUCAGGGACUCUGAUAGCCUGUGAGAAUGCCCUGGUGGUGCUGGUGAUCUGGCAGAACCCGUCGCUCAGAGCUCCCAUGUUCCUACUGAUUGGCAGCCUGGCGCUGGCCGACCUACUAGCCGGCCUGGGCCUGGUGCUUCACUUCACCUGUGCCUACUUGCUUCAAUCCGACUCGGCCCAGUUGCUGACCGUGGGCCUGGUGGUGGCCUCCUUUUCCGCCUCUGUCUUCAGUCUACUGGCCAUCACUAUUGACCGCUACCUGUCGCUGUACUAUGCCCUCACCUACAACUCCGAGCGGACAGCGGCCUUCACCUACACCAUGCUCGUGCUGCUGUGGGGCCUGUCCCUGUGUCUGGGCCUGCUGCCGGUCACAGGGGUCAACUGCCUGGCAGAGGAGGCUACAUGCAGCGUGGUGCGGCCACUCACAAAGAACAACAUCGCCGUGCUGUCCGUCUCCUUCCUGCUGCUCUUCGGCCUCAUGCUGCAACUAUAUGUUCAGAUCUGCAAGAUUGUGAUGCGCCACGCUCACCAGAUCGCCCUCCAGCACCACUUCCUGGCCGCCUCGCCCCACUACGUCACAACGCGGAAGGGCGUGUCCACGCUGGCCAUCAUCCUGGGUACCUUUGCUGCCUGCUGGAUGCCAUUCACUGUCUACUCUCUCAUUGCCGACUACACCUACCCUCCACUCUACACCUACGCCACGCUGGUGCCUGCCACCUACAACUCCGUCAUCAACCCGGUCAUCUACGCCUUCAGGAACCAGGAGAUCCAGAAGGCGCUGUGGCUGGUGUGCUGCGGCUGUGUGCCUGCCAGCGUGGCUCAGCGUGCUCGGACCCCUAGUGCUGUCUGACCAAACAGACCCAGGUGGGAAGAGAGAGGCGCCCUGAGUCAGCUCUGCUCCUCACUGGAUCUGUCUGGUGUCAGAGAGAGCAGGGGGGGUCAGGGGAAGUGGCAGAGGGCUGUGUCUUCAGUUCUGGCUGGAGAAGUUAUUGGCAGAGGCAGAUUUGUUAGUUAUCCACAGCCCACCUGGAUGGAUGCCGUUUUUUUCUUUGUUGCACUCACCAUAACGCAAGGUGUCUCACUGUCUUCCCCAGUAAAGGCGGCCACUGCGUGGGCAGCAUCCCGCCCCCUCCCUUUCAACCCGCGCCACGCCCUUCCUCUAUUCUGCAGAGCGCGCUGAGUACAUCACAUGUUUUUACAGGCAGCAGCUGUAUAUACAAUGUGCAUAUAGUUAACAGCACUGGAGCUUUGGUUGACACGUGCUUGGUUUUCUUCAAAUAGGGAGGGAUUGUUAGUUUGCACCCCUGUGCGUGCGUGCGUGCGUGCGUAAAAGCGCACGGCAUAUUUAUUUAGGCAGUCUUUGCAGUGAGGAGAGGAGAGAGCAACCGCGGUUGACUACGCACGCAGGCAUUUCCACAUACAGCCCGUCUGGAGCAGCUUGCCGGCUCUCUGCUGCUGCACUUUGGACGUGCGUCGAAAGCUAAACAGCCGCGGAGAGCUAAAAAUAGUCCCGGCCGCUCUCUGAUCCGCGCCCUGCGUCCUCCACAGACACCGAGAAAGAAAUCAAGCCGCUUCUUCUCCUCCUCCUCCUCACCUCUCCACAUGUAUCAGUCUUCUUUUCUCCCAGGUUUGUGCGUGAAUGUGUGUUAGUUCAUUAGACAAAGCCCCAGGAGAUUCCAGCAUUGACCCAUCCUCCAUUUAUUUUUAAAUCACUAACGGAGGCAGCAAACCCAAUUUAAACCUGUCGGAUUAUGUCCCUCCUGUUUCACCUUUUGAAUGGAGAAUGAUUUUGACUUUUUGAAUGUCUGUUAUUAUAAUUUUACUAAGAAAACCCGAAAAUUAGAAUUUUGAAGGUCGUUUUUAAACAAAUAUCAAAUGUGUUAGAGGAAUCCUAUGGGAUAGUAAAUGAACAUGCUUAUGAUCAGAUCAAUACAAACCUGUAGCCAAAGCGAUUUUUGUGUGGGAAUCUGCUCAUAUAUUUCCAUUUAUUUGAUAUUUGUGACUUUGAAAGAACUAGACUUCAGUGGAAUGUGCAUAUAACAAGCACACAUGCCUUUCCCCCCCUCCUGAGUUCAGGGUGGUAGGUCACAUGGGCCACUGCCAGCCAUGUGUCACUGUUCCCUGAUGUCAUCAUGACCCUAAUAGUUGUUUAUGUACACAGUGUACCUCACAUGUAUCACAUUGAAUGAGCUACAAUCAUCACUUGAUGAUAACAAGAGUUGCACCCUUUUUGAAAAAUGUGGAAUUAAAAACGAUGUUUUUGUUGUGUAGUGCGGCGUA